UUUGAUACAUGGUAUUUUUGUUGAUACUAUCCUGCUUGAGUUCCUUUCGGGGCUCUGAGUUUAGCUUUUUCAAGCUAUUAAACCCCCUACUUUGGGGGGUUUACUAUUCUAAUUGAGCCAAUAAAAUACUCGAACUAUAUGAAGGGCUGAUGGAGAACACAAGGGAUUUGGCUGAACGCACCCCGCGUUCGGAGCGUAAGCGCCAGGACUCGUUUGGGAUGUUUGACCGGUACGACAGCUGCAGUGAGGAGAGCACCAGUAGCUCCAGCUCAGAGGACAGUGAGGACGAGGUGCCAUCCAUCCCCGCCAGCCUGCCCAUCAUCAAAAACAAUGGACAGGUCUACACCUAUCCCGACGGCAAGACCGGCAUGGCCACGUGUGAGAUGUGUGGGAUGGUCGGAGUGCGAGACGCCUUCUACUCCAAAACUAAACGCUUCUGCAGCGUCUCCUGCUCUAGAAGUUACUCCUCCAACUCUAAGAAAGCCAGCAUCUUGGCUAGACUCCAGGGUAAACCACCUACGAAAAAGGCCAAGGUCUUACAGAAACAGCCUCUCAUGGCAAAGUUGGCAGCUUACGCCCAGUACCAAGCAAGUCAACAACAACAGAACCAGGCUAAGUCGAAAGCAGUGGUUCCUGUUGAAGGCUUUGACUGGGGGCGGUACAUCUGUAGCAAUAACUUGGUUGGAGCACCAGUCAGCUGCUUCAAGCACGUCCCUAUGGGUACGUGCUGGGGAGACCUAGCUGAAGGAGUGAGGGUGGAGGUGCUCAACUCUGAUACUAACCUCUCUACUAAAGUCUACUGGGUAGCAGGGAUCGUCAAACUGUCAGGGUUCAAGGCUCUGCUGCGGUACGAGGGUUUUGACAACGACACCAGCAGGGACUUCUGGUGCAACCUCUGUGUUCCAGAGAUUCACCACGUAGGGUGGUGCGCAUCCAGCGGGAAACCGCUCGUACCUCCCAAAUCGAUACAGCUAAAGUACUCUAACUGGAAAGCUUUCCUUGUGAAGCGUCUCACUGGAGCCAAAACACUACCACCGGACUUUGCCACCAAGGUCCAUGAGAACAUGCAGUUCCCCUUUAAGAAGCUGAUGCGUGUGGAGGUGGUGGAUAAGAGCCACCUGUGCCGGACACGGGUGGCUCUGGUGGAGCAGGUGAUUGGGGGGCGGCUGAGGCUCGUCUACGAGGAGGGCUCUGACGACUUCUGGUGUCACAUGUACUCCCCGCUCAUACACUCCAUCGGAUGGUCCCGGAGCAUCGGACACCGCUUCAAACGAUCCGAUGUGUCAAAGAAAAUCGAUGGUCAAAUGGACGCCCCCGCCCAGCUGUUUGCCAAGGUGAAAGACGUGGACCAGAGUGGUGAAUGGUUCAGGGACAGGAUGAAACUAGAGGCCAUCGACCCUCUAAACCUCUCAGCUAUAAGUGUAGCCACUGUAAGAAAGGUGUUGGCAGACGGGUACCUCAUGAUCGGCGUCGACGGGUCGGAGGUGACGAACGGCUCAGACUGGUUCUGCUACCACUCCACCUCUCCCUCCAUCUUCCCUGCCGGCUUCUGUGAAAUCAACAACAUCGAACUCACACACCCUAGAGGGUACACUAAACUGCCAUUUAAAUGGUUUGACUACCUCAGAGAAACAAGUUCAAUAGCCGCUCCUGUGAAGCUCUUUAACAAGGAUGUUCCAAACCACGGGUUCCGUCAGGGUAUGAAGCUGGAGGCCGUGGACCUGAUGGAGCCCAGGUUGGUGUGUGUUGCCACGGUGACUCGGAUCGUCCACCGCCUGUUGCGCAUCCACUUUGACGGCUGGGAGGACGAGUACGACCAAUGGGUGGACUGUCAGUCGUCUGACCUCUACCCCGUGGGCUGGUGUCAGCUGACCGGCUACCAGCUACAGCCCCCCGCCGCACAGAUGGCCAGAGAAAUCCCAGCAGCUGUACCUAAGCACAAGAAGAAAGCCCAACAAUACAAAGGACAAAAGAAAAAGCGGAAGGUUCCGGUUGGUCGUCGGCUCUUCAGUCAGGCAGGCAGGAGGAGGAGCCUAUCAGGGGAGGACGAAGAGCAGAGUCCGCCCCCUUACUCCAGCCAGGCCCCCACUCUGGCCCCCCGGUCCCGCACCCACCACCACUACCACCACCACCAUCACACCCACAAACCAGAGUCUCUAUUACGUCUUAAGGAGGAACAGGCUGAGGUGGAUGAGUUCACCUUCUCCCAGGGCGUCUCAGACCAGGAGAGCAACGGCUCUGGCAGCUACUACAUCAAACAGGAGCCCUGUUGACAGGGGGGACAGGGGAUCGGGGGCUAAGCCUGGAAGGGUAUGGGGAGCCGGACAAUAGAAACCCCUGAAAUCCAACAUCCAGAGAGACACUGCCUACAACCCCCAACUAGGACAAGACACAUCCCUAAACCAAGACAAGAGCAACAGGGCAGGGAGCAUGGAGAGCUCUAAAAAACCUCAUCCAGAAAAUAUGGCCUCUAACACUGCAAUUAGGGGAGAAUACUGCUGGGGGACUUGGUACCCCAAAAACACUAAGUGACUACAUGCCCUGAAACCCAAACCCUUACUCCACAAAAUCAAGACAGGGAGCUACUUAGGUCUCCCCAAAACCAUCCAGGGGAGAAGAACACUUCUGAGAAGCUACAACAUCAAACCCUGGAGCCCUGAUGGACAGUCACUCAUUCAGUCAGACCGACAUACCAUAUAAACAACGGGUAACUGGACACUUCCUAAAGCCACUGGCCCAGAAGAGGGCUAUGAUACCUGGACAACCUGAUCAGAAUCCCACAUCCCUGAAUGAUUGGAUACGACCAUGGCUUUCUGUCUUCCUCCAUAAAUGCAUCUAGGCAGGGGGCCUUGGAGCUCUGGAUGCCCACAACAGAAGCCUGUUCUCUGGGUACUCUGUCUCUCCCACCACCCUGCCGUAGGCCAGGCAGGACCUCUGACACAACUCGGGGACACACACACAGACACCUGCACUAACUGUGACAGAUAUAUAGGUCUUGGUUUAUUUCUUUCAGGUAAGAGAGCUAAGGAAGGAGGGAUUGAAUUUCACUUGGUCUUGGGAGGGAUUUUAUUUCACGCGGUCUUGAAAGCGAGCGAGCGAGG